CCCUCCUCUCUUCGAGUAGCGCACACGUGUGCGGUGCGCGGCACUACACAUUGCCGUCCUCUCCUCUCACUCUUCUUCCGCCUACGCCGCGCUCCGCUCUCUCUCCCUCUCUGCUCUCUCGCCGCGAUGGCCACGCUGCAGCUCAACCACGUCGCGCGGGAGACCGACGACGUGCGCCGCCUCGCCGCCUUCUACGAGGAGGUGCUCGGCUUCGAGCGGGUCGCCUCCCCGAACUACCCGGCCUUCCAGGUCGCCUGGCUCCGCCUCCCGGGGACGCCCGGCGUCGCGCUCCACAUCAUCGAGCGCGACCCCGCGGCGGCGCCCGCGGCCGUCGCCCCGGGCGCCGCGGGCGCCCCGCCCGCGCAGCUGCCCAGGCGCCACCACCUCGCCUUCUCCGUCGCCGACUACGACGGGUUCCUCACCGGGCUGAAGGCCCGGGGCACGGACGUGUUCGAGAAGACGCAGCCCGACGGGCGCACGCGCCAGGUCUUCUUCUUCGACCCCGAUGGCAAUGGCCUAGAAGUUACAAGCUCAGGCACAGGCGAUAUGUAAUUGCGGAGCAUGAUUUGCUUGCUGUAACAGUCGUGCAUUGGGCGUGGGCUAGCAAACAUGGAGACGCAAACUGCAUGUUGUUAGGAACAUGUCCAUGAUAUCCCCAUGAAUAAAUUCGGAGCUUUAUACUGAAUGAACUGCUCCAUGCUGUAAUAUAGCUCUAUAUGUUACUGGAUUGCACUAAAAUAUAUCUCCAAGUUAAAAUGUUUUGCUUCUUAAUUGGGGAA